AUGGAGGGCUUUGUAGAUAUCGAUGAGUGCAGUCAGGGGAUGCCUCUGCAGUGCCUGCCGCACACCAAGUGUAUCAACACGUACGGCUCCUACGCAUGCCUUUGCCCGGAUGGUUAUGAAGGAGAUGCCUUGUAUUCUUGUAUAGAUGUCGACGAGUGUAUGGUCAACGCGGGAAACUGCGACGAGAACGCCUUCUGUGUCAACACCCUCGGCUCCUACGUCUGCGUCUGUCAGAACGGCUACUUUAGGGACGGGAUGAAAUGUCAAGGGAGCAGUAUCUGGACACCCUGGUCUCCCUGGUCAGUGUGUACGGUGAGCUGCGGGGUCCAGAACACCAUGCGUGUGCGGCUGUGCACCCACCCCGAGAGCGGGAUGCGCUGCGAGGGGCCUUCGGUGCAGCUCAAACACUGCGACAGCGUCAGCCCCUGCCCAGUGCUGGGCAAGUGGUCGGAGUGGUCCCCCUGGUCCACAUGUACGCAGCUUUGCUCCGGGAUCACCAGGAGAAUCCGAGUGUGCAACAACCCAGCCCCGGCCCACGGAGGACUCCCGUGCACGGGGACGUUCGAGGAGAACCUGGCCUGCCGGCACAGCGACUGCCCAACUGAUGGUGGCUGGUCUCCGUGGACCUUCUGGUCUCCCUGCCCGUCCAGCUGUGGGAUCGGUGUGGUCAAACGCUCCCGCUUGUGCAACAACCCUGCUCCGGAGAACAGCGGCAAUCCCUGCCUCGGGCACGACUACGAGGAGGGAUCGUGCGGAUUUCCGCUGGAUUACUGCAAGUAUCUCACCCGCCCUAUGGACGCCGUCGUGAAGGGAAGAUGGAUUUAAGGCUGGGUGCGUGCACUGGUUCCCUGAUCGCGCGCUUGACACACGGACGGGAGAGGCGAGCACUCGACGCUCAAAGAGCCUCGCUGCACGGAGAGCUUGAUGUGCUCUUUGUACGUGGACUCGUGGUAUGAACCACCGAUUGUACAUUUGGGAGAGAAUGUAUUUAAUAAUAAAAGAAAACACU